UUCAGCAGGAUGACACCUUCAGGCUUUGUUUUCUUUCUCAUGUGUGUCCUCUUAUGGAAAAAGGCUAAGAUGAAUCAAUUGGAAACAGCUGUGCAUCAAGAAGGGGGCUUUAUUUCAGCUGAUGUUGGCGGAAACGUGAGUCUGCAAUGUUCCUAUGGCAGUGAGGCUGCAAGGUAUUACUGGUAUAAGCAGUCUCUGGGACAGAAGCUACAGCUUAUGUCUAUCAGUAAUAAAUUUGAUACAAGUGGCACUUUUCAAGAUAAGUUCAAGGACCCACGCUUCACUCUGAUAACUCAAAAUGGGAAAAGUAAUUUAAAUAUUUCUGAUUUAAAACCAUCAGACACAGGGACUUACUUCUGUGCAAGUGGAGUUUCAUUUGUGUUUGAAUUUGGAGAGGGGGUCACAGUCAGUGUGAAGGAUUCAGCUCUGGAAAAUGUUGCUUUGGUACGUCAAUCAGAAUCUGAAACCCUCCAGGCGGGAAGCUCUGUGACUCUGAACUGUACAGUACAAGCUGGGAGCUGUAGUGGAGAACACAAUGUUUACUGGUUCAGAAACUCUGGAGAAUCUGCUCCAGGACUCAUUUUCACCCAUGGAGGAAGGAACGAUCAAUGUGAGAAAAAUUCUAACACACAAACACUUAAUUGUAUGUACAAUCUCCCCAUAAGGAAUCUAAAUAACUCUCACGUUGGGACUUACUAUUGUGCUGUUGCUUCUUGUGGACGGGUUCUGUUUGGAAACGGGACUAAGCUGGAUUUGAAAAGUGAGGCGUUCUCUUUGUUCUUGGUGUACUUCUUAAGUGCAGCUUUGAUUUUCACCGCCAUCCUGACUGUUUUACUGGCCUUCACAUUGCAUAAGAUGCACAAGAGAAACAGCUGCCAACCUUCAGUGUUUAAAGCAAGGCUUUCAUUUAGACCAGCAACAAAUGCAGAGGGCCACCAAGAUCCAGACAGUCUCCAUUAUGCUGCUGUAGAUUCUAACCAGCUCAACAGAUCAAGAAGAAACAGAAAGAGUACAGAGACUGAGUGUGUUUACUCUACUAUGAUGCAGUAGAUGGGAAACAGCGCUCUGUCCUAUCCUGAAUUUCUUUUUUAGAAUUUAAGCACAGUUAUAUGUGAAUGUUUCAGGGUUACAGACACAAGGAUCCCAUCAGAAAAUAAGUAAACCUAUUUUUUUCCCAAAUGUUCUUUAUAUUGUUUAAUGACAUGUCACAAAAUAAACUGAU